AUGGCCUCGCUUGUGAGUGCGGUGAUGCCGAGCUCCGGCAACUGGAGCUCGCUUGCACGCUCUCAGCUGGAGGUUCUGCAGUCCUUAGUAAAGAAGCAUUUGGAGGACCCCUCACUCACUGACAUUGCAAGUGCAGAUGACUUUUCGGUCACAUCAACCGAACGCGGAAUUCCGAGAUAUGAGCACUCUCACCUGGUCGCAGCUUUGGAUGUCAUCCUCGAGUACCAGAGAAACCGAAAGACCACCUACUUCACGGUUCUCGGGACUCGAGCACAGACGAGUAUGGGAACAUAUCGACACGAUCCUCGCACGCGGCUCAUCGAGCUCUUGAAGCGGUGGCUUCGGACGCACGCAGCAAAUCCAAACAUCACGGAGGACGAGGUUCGUCGGAUGUGUGGUCUCUGCCGAGACCUUCUCAACUAUCCGAACCUUUUUCCAUCCCGCAACAAGACCAGCUUUAUGCAUGCGCUCAGCGAAGUCUAUGAGCACAUGGAGCUGCAGCUGCGGCAGGUUUUGGAACGUGACAGAACAUGCGCCGAACUUGCGGCGAGAUGCUUGUCACUGAGUCGCAAUCUGAUCUCGGACGUGGUUGCCUUCUUGCUACUAGCGGCGACACACUUGACACAGACGGACAGCUUGCCUUCGCUUGAGGUGGUCGUGCUUUGGCAGUCACUGCCCGCAAGUCGCACCCCGCUGCCAAGUCGAACUGACCCCCAGCUCCAGAAGGUCAUGCAGGAUGCCUGGCAAAGCAUGCUUGGAAUGCUGGUCAGUAACUUGCUCAGCCUUCGCUGGACCUUUCACCUGUUCGCUGGAAACGGAGCAGAGGAGGAGCUUGCGCAUGCUGUGCCGGAAGGCAGCACGGCGCUGAUCGAGGCUCCGGAGAGCAUUCCUGCUGGCUUUCCCGCGCAAGUGCGACGGGUGCGAGAGGAGUUCGAGUCUGGUCACUUCAAGACCAGCGGACUAGCUGGGCCUUUUCGAGAGCCAACGCAGCAGGAUGCGCGGGAGAACCUGCUAGUUGCUGUUGAGUCUCUCUUCGACCUACUGUAUUUGAUCGGAGAGGUGCUUUCACAGUUCCACCGAAUCAGCGACAGCUUGGGCGACUAUGGAAUGAUCCGCGUGGCUUUGUGGCUCCAUCCCUGUUUGGACUGCAUGGUAGAGAAGCUGCAGCGGCUGCAGAGCAGCUUGAAAGGUCUGAAUAGGGCCGUGGACGCAGAGUUGGUGAUUGCAAAAGCGCGUGGAAGAAGCUUGAAGAAGCCACUGCCUUCAGAACGAAUGUCUGCUCGCGGCCAUGCAGCCAUCCAGCGAGCACUCGAUGGACGGGACUGUCACUUGGCGGCCUUGCUGCAGAGCCUGGAGGAGCUGAAGUCUCAUUCAUCGCCGGAGAGGCUUCCGCAUGUCGUUGAGGGCCUGGGCGACGCUUGCUCUCAGCUCCAGAAUGUGCUCUCGUCCUCGCACUUUCGUGCGCGUGUUGGUGAUGCCUUCCCACGGCUUCCUCCUUUAGCCAACAUGGGGCGAGCUAGCAGCCGGCCCGCGCUUCGUAUAGAAAACGGCUGCGCCAUCGAGGACGAAGCUCCGAUGGGUGACUACAGCGAGCCAGAAGAAGAACAGGCCACAAGCGCCUGUGCCCCGAUGCAUGGACCUCGAUGUAUCCCUCGAAGCAGUGCCGGCGAGAGGGCUCGUUCUCCCCAGCCAGCAACCAGCGCCGGGAAGGACGCUAGUGCCGCGGCAGCCCUUUCGCUGCCGUUGCCCAAUCGUGAUCGGGCCAGAGAGGACAGCCCUGACAAAAGCGCAUUUCAGUCCUGUCUUUUCUUCGCGCAGGCAGACCGCAGUUUUGUGUGUGGUCGAUUGUCGUGGUUGAAACAAGAAAUGCGUCGUUCUUGGCUCUGUGUGACGCUCAUUUUUUGGUCUAAAAGACGUGGGCUGAACUGGGUGCCACAGGGCUACAAGGCUAGGACUUUCACGGCAUCCCGCUGA